CUGCAACAUCUUCCACUCUUUACAUUCAACGACUAGCAACAACGACAUUGACACACCGUGCACCUCUGCGGACGAGCCACUAGGGCCCCACAUCGACACCACCGCCCCCACCUUCCCUCCCUCCCCACAACGACCACAACAACAACAGACACAACCGCAGUAGCAGCUCGAUGACGGGGGACGACGGGCCUUGGACGCGGCGGGCACAGGGUGCGGACGCGUGGCUGGCUCGUGAGUGCAACAAGAUUGUUGUGUCGGCCACCACGGCAUCCCUCGUCUCGACCUUCUGCGGCUUCCCCCUCGACUCGCUCAAGUCGCGCCUGCAGAGCUCGCGCGAGAACCUCACCAUCCCCCGGAUGGCCGCCGAGGUCAUCAGGGAGGAGGGAAUAGGAGGAUUAUGGCGCGGCUUCCCGCUUCCCCUCAUCACCAUCUCGAUCGUCCGCACCAUCUCGUUCACAAUCUACACGUCGACAAAACGUAUCAUUAAUUCACGGCCGGGCGACCCGGAGCCCAAGCGCCCCUGGCUAGACCUGCACCUCGGCUUCCUGAACAAGGACACGGCACUGGAUGUCGGCGCGACUAGCUUCCUCGCCGGCGCGGCGUCAGGCGCCGUGGUGUGUAUCGGCAGUGCACCAUUCGAGCUCGUCAAGGUGCGACGACAGCUCGAGUACCAGAUCUACCGCGAUAGCCACCCCGGCGCAUUCAGCCCAACGGCCGACGCCGCGGCCGGCUUGCGGCCCGUCCCGUCUGGCGCUGGCGCCGGGAGGCCGGUGGACGCCAGGUUGCCACAGCCACGAACACCCUUCGUCCCACCCACAACAAUACAGGCCGUGCGCAUGAUCGUCAACAAGAUGGGCCCGCUCGGACUGUGGACCGGGUUCCGGCUGCACUUUGUGCGCGAUACGCUGGGCACGGCGCUCUACUUCGCAGAGUACGACGUCAUGCGGUUCUGGCUCGGCCGACGCGUGUCCGACCCCGCGUCGAUGUCGGCGGCAGAGGACCGAUUGAGCGGAGGGCAGGGCGACCUGCCAGACUGGGCAAAGGGGUGGCUGCCGAAACAGCUCGUGCCGUUCCUCUGCGGUUCGCUCGCGGGCGUGACCUCCUGGGCUAUCAUCUACCCCGUGGACGCGAUGAAGACCAAGGCCCAGCAGCGGGCGCUUAGUGGCUUGAAGCCGCGAACGCCGCUCGUCCAGUUCCUCCGCCUCGUCCGCGGUACCGAGGGGCGGCCAAAGCCGCUCCUCACUGGCAUUGCGAGAUUGUACAGAGGCCUUGGCGUGUCCAUGAUUCGCUCGAUGCUGACCCACGGCCUCCUGUGGACCCUCGUCGACUGGACCAGCGCCUGGAUCGACACCAAGCCCGUCGAGCGGCUCGUCAAGCUGGCAUGAGUUGCCCACAGCCCCAUCUUGGACCCAUCAUCGACCUAAUCUUGCAGCUCCCUAAACUUGCAUUUAUCACGCGCGGCCCUGCCAGCGCUGUAGCAUUACGCACACAUUCUCCACGAUCCCGUUCUCGUCACUGUUGUCCGUCCUCAUCCGGGCACCACCGCUAGCAAUGUCAAACAAACCAUGCAUUAUGCUUUCAGAACAAGACGGCGGGAGGGGCGGAGCAGGGGGGUGAGAGACAACAGACGGCCUCGUCUAGUCUAGAGGCCGCCGCCGCGCACUCCAAUGAUGGGGUCUAAUAUGCAGGGUAUCUGCGCCGAGCUGGGGCUCUGCGCCGACGGCUAGAUGGGGCAGCUGGCUGCUUACAUAGGGUGCGCGCGCGCACUCUCGUCGGCCCACUCUUUCGUGCUCAUCUGCGUCAGUCGGCUGACACAGCGCGCGAACGCGAACAGCUCCUCGUCACUGGAGAAGAGCGACGACGAGGUCAUGAUGUCGGGGUUGAUGCCCAGCUCCUCCAUGACGUGCUUCAUCUGCUCGGCGUCGACGGUCGAUCCGCCCUCGUCGCUGAAGAUGGUGUAGAUGGGCUUUGCUGACGAGAUGAACAGUUUGGUCUGUUCUCGUAGCACGCUGAGUGGGUUAGCAAAGUGAACAGACGCGUACCCACCAUCGAUGAAAGUAAUGAAC